UUUAUUACCUGAUGACAAGACAGUGACUCUAACCGUUUCUUUCUCUGCUUUCACUGUGUCCUCUGUAUCUUGGAAAUUUCAUCAGUUUCCGACUCACCAAGCAUGGCGAUCCGCAACUCGCUCAACGGUAGAUUCCUCCGCCACAGCUCCGUCGCCGGAGCUAGGUUCAUGUCGUCGUGGUUCCGGAACAUCGAGCCAGCUCCCAAGGACCCGAUCCUCGGUGUUACCGAAGCUUUUCUUGCCGAUCAGAGUCCAAACAAAGUCAAUGUCGGAGUGGGAGCGUAUCGCGAUGACAAUGGAAAACCUGUGGUUCUGGAAUGUGUUAGGGAAGCAGAGAGGAGGAUUGCAGGAAGCCAAUUCAUGGAGUAUCUUCCUAUGGGUGGAAGCAUAAAGAUGGUUGAAGAAUCACUGAAGCUGGGAUAUGGUGAAAACUCUCAGUUCAUCAAUGAUAAACAAAUAGCUGCUGUGCAGGCUUUAUCUGGGACUGGUGCAUGUCGACUUUUUGCUGCAUUUCAACAGCGUUUUCACCCUAACACACAAAUUUAUAUACCAGUGCCCACCUGGGCCAACCACCAUAACAUUUGGAGAGAUGCUGGAGUGCCUUUGAAAACAUUCCGUUACUAUCACCCUGAGUCUAGAGGACUGGAUUUUUCAGGGCUGAUGGAAGACAUAAAGAAUGCUCCUGAUGGUUCCUUCUUUCUGCUUCAUGCUUGUGCUCACAAUCCUACUGGAGUAGAUCCUACAGAAGAACAAUGGAGAGAGAUCUCUUCCCAGAUCAAGGCUAAAGGUCAUUUCCCUUUAUUUGACAUGGCAUAUCAAGGUUUUGCUAGUGGCAAUCCAGAGAGAGAUGCGAAAGCCAUCAGGAUUUUUCUUGAAGAUGGUCAUUUAAUAGGACUUGCUCAGUCUUUUGCAAAAAAUAUGGGAUUGUAUGGCCAGCGAGUUGGAUGCCUUAGCUUACUUUGUGAAAAUGAGAAACAAGCUGUUGCUGUAAAAAGUCAGUUGCAGCUGAUUUCCAGACCCAUGUACAGUAACCCACCUCUUCAUGGAGCACUUAUAGUUUCAACCAUUCUUGGUGAUCCAGAGUUAAAGACGUUAUGGCUUAAAGAAGUUAAGGUUAUGGCAGAUCGUAUCAUUGGAAUGAGGACCACACUCCGUGAUAACUUAGAAAAGCUGGGUUCUCCUUUGCCAUGGCAGCACAUAACCAAUCAGAUUGGAAUGUUCUGCUACACUGGGUUGACACCAGAACAGGUUGAUCGUUUGACAAACGAGUUUCAUAUUUACUUGACUCGCAACGGUCGUAUCAGUAUGGCUGGAAUUAAUUCGGGGAACGUUGCAUAUGUGGCUAAUGCUAUCAACGAGGUCACUAAAUCUUCCUAGAUUAUUCAACUAGCAAGAGACCAAUUUUUUGUCCUAGGGAAAGACAAAUCCUCCGAAAUAGUACUAUUAUUCCGGGGAGAGCAAUAAAAUUUGAUCACUUUUUACCAUCGUAUGCAACUGCAUUUUGAUCUUGCAUAUUGAAGACCGCAAUAGCAUUGUAACCAUUUUUUCAAUCCUCACCUCUUCAUUUUAAAUAAUAAUUGGAGAGGUAGAUUGAAUAAGAGGGUUUAUUUAUGAUGAUGAUGGACAACUAGUCAGUUCAUUCAUUACUAAGUUGUAAAAGGAUUUUGUUGUUGUUGUUGUUGUAAUGCAUCUUUACAAAUGUUGAUGCUAGCUUGAACGGCUAAUUUCCUGAGGUGGUUUAGAUGCGAUGCCUAUAUUGUUGGAAUAACAACAGCGUAAUUUAAUCU